AUGGCCACUAAUGAAAAUCUUCCACCGAAUGUUAUAAAGCAACUUGCCAAGGAGUUGAAAAAUCUCGAUGAAUCCCCUCCCGAGGGCAUUAAAGUAGUAGUAAAUGAUGAUGAUUUUUCAACUAUAUUUGCUGACAUUGAAGGCCCAGCUGGAACUCCUUAUGAGAAUGGAGUUUUCCGCAUGAAGCUGUUGCUGUCUCAUGAUUUUCCUCAUUCUCCUCCUAAAGGUUUUUUCUUGACUAAGAUUUUCCAUCCGAACAUUGCUACCAAUGGAGAGAUUUGUGUUAACACACUUAAAAAGGAUUGGAAUCCUAGCCUUGGGUUACGUCAUGUUCUUAUUGUUGUUAGGUGUCUAUUGAUUGAACCAUUUCCAGAAUCAGCUCUAAAUGAACAGGCUGGGAAAAUGCUGCUUGAAAAUUAUGAUGAGUAUGCUAGACAUGCUAGGCUGUACACUGGAAUCCAUGCAAAACCAAAGCCCAAAUUCAAGAGUGGAGCUAUCUCCGAAUCAACUACUGCUCUGAAUGUUGAUCAGACUAACACCUCUGUGCUUAAUGCUGACAUUAAAACUACUUCAGCGAGUGCAGCAUUGCCUGUGCCAGUGCCUGCAACCAGAGGAAAUAGUCAGGAACAGGCCGCCACCUCUGUGCUUACCUCUGCUACAGUCAUUUCUACUGCUUCUGCACCUCAAAAGAAGGAAGUAAAAGCUCUGGUGGACAAGAAGAAGAUAGAUGCCAGAAAGAAAAGUUUGAAAAGAUUUGGUCUAAACCCUGCCAAAUUUGACAAAGUUGACGAGGCCUUCGAUAUCCAAAGUGGUUUUAGUCAAGAAGUCCCCGUCAAGGUGGUGACUAUUCCUAUUGCAAUGAUAAUUGAUAUUAAUAUUGAAGAUAACAAUAUUGAAAAUAUUGAUGAUUUUGGAUUUGUAAAGGUGAGGUGA